UGAGAAGAAUGUUUUAAAUUCAGAACUGGGAUUUACUUCCUCGAUGAAGUGAAACUCUGCCAUGAAAACUGACCGUCGUUCCCAACUGUUGUACAUUCUUUCUCUUGUUCUGUCGACGAAAGGAAAUAUCUUCACAAGCUGUGAUUUUGAGGACGGGUUUUGUGGUUGGACAAAUAAGAACUGGAACAGAUCAGAGUACAGUUCUCUAUUAAAAUCAUCAGGACCGGAGAGAGCCCACACAGGGAGAUAUUAUAUUUAUUCGUUCGGAAAGGAGAUCGGAUAUAAUGCCACAGCCACACUGGAGAUUGGUAACAUUACAGGAGCAAAAACGUACUGUCUGUUGUUUAAUUAUCACAUGAAGGGUGCACAUAUUGAGAAACUGGAGGUGAAAUGGAAAGAUUCUUUAGGAGUAAUCUGGAAAGUUGAGAAAGAACAAGGACAAAAGUGGAACUGUGCCGCAGUUAAUGUAACCUCAAAAGAAAAAGGCAGCAUCCUAUUUCUCGGUACAACAGGUAGAACAGACAGUUCUCUGGCGGACAUCAUAGGACUGGAUAAUAUUAAACUCGUCUUCCCGACAGGAAACUUCUGCAACCAGCAAGGUUGUGAUUCACCUUUUACUCCCGGGCCAACGUCACCCCCUUCAUCAUCAACGUCAUCCCAAUCAACUACGUCAUCAAAAUCUGAAACAUCGACGGUCAAGGGCGCCUCGUGGUUUGAGGACAAUAUUCCGUACUUGGUUGGGGUGCCCGCGGCAGUAUUACUAGUAUCACUUAUUCUUAUUGGAGUCUGUGUUUUCCAAGCACAUCGAAAAAGGAGUGCGAAAUCCCCACCAUCGAUUCCGCAUCUUACAACACAAGUCGGGAUCGGACGAGUGAUUGGUCGGAGAGCCAACAGUUACGAUGACACCCCAACAGCAGACCGGACUGCGGAGGAAGAGGAGUACGACUACAUUCAGGAACCCCCUUAUUUGGAGGUUAAACCAGACAAUGGUGAUCCAAAUGUGUACCUGGAUAUAAUAGCAGACGAACAACAGAACACACGCGAAGUCCUACAAAAUGGAGUCCAACCUACAAAUCAUUCUGUUAAAUAUAAAAAUACCGAAAACACCGAAAAUGUUUAUUUGGAACCUAUAUCUGAUUCAAUGAAGUGAAAUGUAUUUCAUAAAAAGGAGUGAAACAUUCAACUAUAGAAACCUCUUAUAUUUCUUAUUAACCUGGCUUCUCACUCUCCGUCAAAUAUAAAGUUUCUUAAGAACAUCCGCAAGGUACCUUACCUACUGAUAAUUUUUUCAAGAUAUUCUAAAUUUAAACUUAUAUCACCAUUAUAUGUUCCAAGACAAAAAAUCAGCAUGUGUUACAAGGGGUUUUGAAAAGAUGUCAAAUUAUGAAAAUUUUUACAUUAUUCAAAGAAAAGUACAAAAAUUACAAAACAUAAUUUCCAAAUUUUUUUUCAUCAAAAUUUGUUUUAGAAGAGGUGUACAAAUCCAUAUAUAUAGACGUUAAAGGUAUUGCACACAGGUCCUUCAUUUAGUGGAACUCUUCAACUCCAGGGAAGAUCCCAAUAAAGUUCAAACUACUUUGCGUAUGACCUUAGUGGUAAGCGAUAGGAACUAAGGAAGAGUUGUUUAUAUGAUUGACGAGAUCAGUUACAAUAUGAUAUGCCUGUCUCAUUGUAGAAUACAUAGAGAUAUAAUGGGUAUAAUAUAUCAAGAGAACAUUACACGCUAAAUCCCAUCUCAUAUUUAAUACCAGAGCAAAUGGUCUCAUGUCAGCACAAGGGUCAGAGACCCGAGUACAGAUAUGACAAGCAAGACUGACAAUCAAGACAGAAUC